ACGCGCCAGUGUAUGUUCGCUCGCAACUCGCACAGCACGAGUGGACUUCUGAGCGCGCGCCUCGUUAGUCGCAGCAGUGAUUUUUGUAUUGACGUGUGCCGAACAAACGCCGGUCGAAGCUCGAUCGUUUACUUCAGUCGAGAACCCCAGUGCACUCGCUACAGUCUUCGUCCUGAUAUAAUACUGACUUUUGACAAGUUCACAGCUCAAAAUGGCUGAAGGAGGAAGAGGACUCGGAAGAGGGAAUCUCUUAAACCUUUUAAAGAAAAAAAAAUUAGAAGAACAAAAAGCAAAAGAAGAAGAAGCAAAAGAACAGGAAAAAUUAGAGGAAGAAAAAAAAUCACUACAACAAGGAAGUGAAGAAAGUCCUAAGGUUUUUGUUUCACGAAGUUUAGGCAGAGGUGGAUUGCUAGAAAAACUUAAAAAAAGAGCUACAACUUCUGAUUCCGAUUCAUCUCCCGUUGCGUCUACUACAGCCUCGUUAACAUCCACCGCAACAAUUUCUACAUCAACAAUUGCUCAAGGCAGAGGCUCUAUUGCACUGGGUUUAAAAAAGAAAACUUCUUUAGAAACAUCAGGUGAAACAAGUGGCGUUUUAGGAAAACUAUCCUCUUUAUCUAUGGAAGAAUCUGCUGCUUCAGAACCAGAAGUAGUUUCUCGCCAUGGAGAGUCAGGAAAAAAAAUUCCACUUUCGGCAAACUUUAUAGAUGUCAAAGUCGAUAAGAGCAAAGGCAUGUUUCAGUAUGAAGUGAAGUUUUCUCCAGAUAUUGACUCACGGAAUCUUAGGUUUAAACUUUUAAACCAGCAUACCAAUGAAUUAGGCAAUGUGAAAACAUUUGAUGGAGCCUUACUAUAUCUACCAGUGAAAUUACCAGAAGAUAUUACCUUACUUAAUUCCAUUCAUCCUAUUGAUAAUUCUACGGUUGCUUUGAAAAUUAUAUUCAAACAAAAACAAGCUAUGAAAGAUAAUAUUUCAUUUUUCAACACUUUAAUGAAUCGGGUAAUGGAAGCCUUAACUUUAGUACGGAUAGGCAGGAAUGUUUUCCAUCCUGAAGCAGCUCAUCAAGUCCCACAGCAUCGUCUUGAAGUUUGGCCUGGAUAUAUCACAUCAAUUAAUGAAUUUGAAGGUGGAUUAAAACUUAAUUUAGAUGCUAUUCAUAGAGUUAUGAGAUUAGACACUGUAAGAGAUUUAAUGACUGACAUGUACAAAAGAAAUCCCAAUGAUUUUAAGAAAGCUGUUGCAAAUGAAAUGAUUGGAGCUUCUGUUCUUACUCGUUACAACAACAGAACUUAUAAAAUUGAUGAUAUCGAUUGGAGCAGUAAUCCUACUUUGAAGUUUCAAAAAGGAGAACAAGAAAUGUCUUUAGUAGAUUAUUAUAAACAACAUUACAAUAUUGAAAUUAAAGACUUGAAACAACCACUGUUAGUUCACAGAGCUAAAGAAAAAGCUCAAAAUGGGGAGACUGUUGAGAGGAUUUGUUUAUUAAUUCCAGAACUUUGCUUUUUGGCUGGGAUGACUGACAGCAUAAGAAAUGAUUUUACUAUUACAAAAGAUUUAUCGAAUAUAACUAAAGUGUCUCCUGAUCACAGAAGACAGAUUAUAAAAAAAUUUAUUGAACAGGUGAAUGGAAAUGAAAAUGUAAAGAAAAUAUUAUCUAAUUGGGGACUGGAAUUAGAGAGUAACAUAAUAGACUUUCAAGGAAGAGUGUUAGAGUCGGAGGAAAUAAUGUUUGGAAAUAAUUAUUCAACAAGAUCUGAUAAUGCUGAUUGGGGCAAAGCAGCCACUAGUAGUAAAGUUUUGAGAACACCUAACAUGCAAAAAUGGGCCAUUAUAUGUACCCAACGAAACAAAAGAAACUGUGAUGAUUUUGUUGAAACUCUAAAAGGAAUUUGUCAAAAAAUAAAUAUCAGAAUAGGAGAGCCUAUUACAAAUUUCCUUCGAGAUGAUAAUUUAGAAACUUAUGUUUCUAAACUUCGUGAAAUACUUAGCAAAAAUACUCUUGAGAUGGUUGUUAUCAUUUUUCCUACUAUGCGUCAAGACAAAUACUCCGCAGUCAAAAAGAUAUGUUGUGUUGAACUACCUGUGCCAUCGCAAGUCAUCAUAUCUAGAACCAUUUCAAAACCUGAUAAGUUGAGAAGUGUUGUAGCAAAAAUUGCCCUACAAAUGAACUGUAAACUAGGUGGAGCUUUAUGGGCCUUGAAGAACCCAUUUGCAAAUGCUAUGAUUUGUGGAAUUGAUGUACAUCAUGCAGGAAUUGGUCAUGGUUCCAGAGGUAGUGUUGCUGCUUUUGUAGCAAGUUUAGAUCGUUUGUUAACCACUUGGCAUAGCAGAGUCUGCAUGCAAGGACAAAAUCAAGAACUUAUUGAUUUACUGAAGCAAUGUUUACUAUCAUCAAUAAAAGUAUACAAAGAACGUAAUGGGCAGUUUCCUGAUAAAAUAUUUAUUUAUCGUGAUGGAGUUGGAGAUGGUCAAUUAGACAUGGUUAUGAGAUAUGAAGUGAAACAGUUUUUGCAAACUUGUUCCAUGAUUGAUCCAGCCUAUAAGCCAAAGUUAAGUGUCAUCAUUGUGCAAAAAAGAGUUAACACUCGUAUAUUUGAGAAGAAAAGAGGAGGAAAUCUUGAAAAUCCACCACCAGGAACCAUGGUUGACACCAACAUCACUCGACGCCACUUGUACGAUUUUUAUUUAGUACCACAGGUCGUUCGGCAAGGUACAGUGACACCAACACAUUAUAUUGUUUUGCAUGAUGGAGCCGAAGUAAAAACUGACCAUAUGCAGCGAUUUACUUUUAAACUAUGUCAUUUAUACUAUAAUUGGCCAGGCACAAUUAGAGUACCUGCACCUUGUCAGUAUGCUCAUAAGCUUGCAUAUUUAGUAGGUCAAAGUGUGAAAUUAGAGCCACAUGCUGAUUUAAAUAACUUGUUGUAUUAUUUGUAAUGUCAAUUUUUUUUUCAUAAGUACUUGACUUAACAACAUUUCAUAAGUACUUGAUGCAUAAAAAUUUCUUUUAAGUUAAUUACGUCGUUUAAUAUUUUUCUCGUGGAGUGAUUAAUUUCCAAAACACGAAAGUUAUAUUUAAAAGUAAAAGACUAGAUACUUUGUUUGUAAAACUAAGAUUUACAAAUUUGUUAAUUGAAGAAUUAUAAUGAUAUGUUUUAUAACAUAUGGAAUACUGCGUUUAUUUCAAAUAGAUUAAUUUGCAAAGAGACAAAGAGAAAUAUUCUGAAUUUGAAUAAUUCUAAAAAUAAUUUCUCAAAAAAAGAAAAGAAAAAAAAUUAUCUG